AUGAUAGAGCUGACUGGACUGCAUGUGGAAGCCGAUUCGCCGGCUCUUCCUAAGGACAUUCGAGAUUGGCUGGACGGUGCCGAAUAUGGCGCCGUGUAUUUCAGCCUGGGUUCCACUCUGCAGGCGAGUACGAUGCCAGAAAAUAAAAGGCUGGCGUUCCUCGACGCUUUCAAGAAAAUCCCACAGAGGGUGCUGUGGAAGUGGGAGGAAGACAUGGACGACCUGCCACCCAACGUCAAAGUCUCAAAGUGGCUGCCGCAGCAGUCUGUACUAGCACAUCCCAAUGUGCGCGUGUUCAUCACUCAGGGUGGUCUGCAGAGCUUUAAUGAGGCCGCCUAUUACGGAGUUCCUCUACUGGGGAUUCCUUUCUUCGGUGACCAGCACCACAACGUGGCGAAAAUGGUCGACGCCGGCAUCGGCAUUGAGCUCAAAUUCUGGGACGUCACGAGAGACUCGAUUUCGGACGCCAUUCGAAGGCUUACUGAGGAUAAAAGGUAA